GACCAGGGGUUGGAACCUGAUCACAGGGUGUGGAAUCCCUCAUUGUACUGUCCAUCCUUUUGCAUUGACCAGGGGUUGGAACCUGAAAACAGGUUCCAACUCCUCAUUAACACUUCAACUUCAUGAAAUUUGCUCCUUAAUAAAAAAAUGGAGAAAAUCCCACUUGAGCCUUCAAACUUCUAAAUUUGAUCAUUGGACCCUCAUCUUUCUGGCUCUUUGCAUUAUCUCCAUUUAAUUAUCAAACCUUCAAUCAUAAAAAAUUUGAACAUAAAUAAAAUGAACACUUAUGAAAUUACUUGUAAAAAGGCACAACUCCUAAGCCCAUAAUUCUACAAAUGCUAAUGGUUAAACACAAUUUAAAUAUACAUUUUCAUGCUUUCAUCACAACCCCCAACCAGCUUAUUGCUAGUCUCUAGCAAUUCAAGCGUGAAUUAAAAAAAAAAGGCAUGUUGAUUAACUCAAAUGGAUAUCUAACAAGCCUACCUAGGCAUUUGGAAAAAGAUCACAGUUGCUAUCAAGAUUACUUCAAUUAUAACUUCCAAAAGUGUGUGUGAACUAAGCAUAACCUUCACACCACAAACCACAACAUAUAUAGCCUUGAGAAUUAAUCAAAGUAAAAGCCUCAACUCCAUAUCCUCACGCGAUAGUAACCGUUUAAGGCAAAGGAUUUCUCUCAUGGAGUUGGAAAGCAGCAAGUCACUCAAAGGAAAAGGUCAAAUUUAACAGACAAUCAAACUAACAAACAUUGAUUAGAAGAUAGGUUAAUUAGCUAUUCAAAAUUCCACUACUCUUACUAUAAACUAGCUUCAGGAUUUCAAUCAAUCAAAUAUGAGAGCAAUAAAAGUAGAGCCUAGUGAGAAAGACUGUUCCUUCAGAGGGAAAGAAAGUUUGUCCUCUAAACUGAUGGAAGACUUUAUUUUGUAGAUUUUCUUUUCUUUUCUUUUUUUUCCUUUUCUGUGUUUUUUUUUUUUUUUUAAAAAAAAAACUGUUUUUGUCUUCUUCUUUUUUGGAUAUUCUGCAACAAAGUGGGGAAAGUAUAGAAUUUCUCACAUAAUUAAUAUCACAUGAACUA